AUGACGUCUUGUGUCGCAAAUUACCUUUAUCUAGACGGAACAAUUGUGAAGGAGCGUGUGAUUGGCGUUGGCGGGGUCGGCAUUGUCGUCAUUCGAGAUGGAUAUGCGUUCAAGAUCCCUCGGAUCUCCAAGAUCGUUGAGAUCGAUGGAGUGCCUUUUGAGGAUGGAAUACUCACCGACCUAGAAGGCGGGCAUACCGAGUGUGCUGCUGCCAUCAGGACAUUCAAACGUGAAAAAGCAAUUUAUACAGGCAUCAUUCGUUGUCACAACACCUUCUCAGACGAACCAUCCAUCCAAAUGCCACUAAUGGAUGGUGACCUUCUCCAUUUUUUAGCCGACAAUCGACCAGAUAAAGCCACACAACUGUCCUGGUUGACUCAGUUAGCGCAUACGAUGGCCUACAUUCAUUCUCGGCGAGUUAUUGUUGCCGACUUUCGCCUCGACAAUGUUGUUGUUGACCACGAAAUGAGAAUUAAACUGCUUGACUUUUCCGAGUCGACGCUGAUGCCGCUAGAUUGGGAUUUGGAAGGCUGCGAUGAUGCCGGCUUCUCUAUCUACAGCGAUAUCGGACAAUUUGGGGCAGUAAUGUUUGAGAUCAUCACCGGCCAACGUUGCAGUUUUGACAUCUACCAAGAGUGGGAGGAGGUGGGAGACCCUACCACUUGGCCGCGACGAGAAACACUUCCGUCAACCGACGGUCUAUGGCUAGGGUCGAUCAUCGAGUAA